AUGCCUCCAUUUAAAGAUGAGCAUAUUUUGCUCAUUGCCCCAGGCUCUCAAACUACCCUCGCGCAAUUGGGAUUGCCUGAAUCGUUCACACCAGCCAGCCACCGGUUUCCGACGCGCAUGUUCCCCGGCGAGAAGAAAGGAGAGUUUGAGCCUUUUAAAAUUCGCGAGAGACGGCGCGAGGUGCAACCCGCGGUGGUGAGCAAUAGCGGCGCGGACAAAGCCGACGUGGAGAUGGGAGAAGCGCCCAAGGAGGAGGGUGAUGCAGCUGUCGAAAAGGCCGAGAAUGGCUCUACUGAGCAAAAACAAAUCGGCAGCGGUGAGACUGCUGCUGCUCCUGAGCAAGAAGCAGAGCCCAAGGAGGAGAUUCUUCUCGAAGAAGACAUCAUUUCAGAUGAAGGAGCCGUGUAUCCCAUUCAAAACGGGCAGAUUGUCGACUGGCCCUGCUUUUUGGCCUUGCUAGAACAUAUCCACAACACGCUGAGCCCGCCCUUCCAUACGCCGAUCCUGGUUAUAUCCGAACCGGCCUGGACGGCGCGCGACCGCGAGAUUUUGACGCAGUUCGUCUUUGAAAAAUUCAAGCCGCCUGCUUUCAGCCUCAUGGACUCUGCUCUGGCAGCUUGCUAUGCGUACGGUACCGUCACGGCUACGGUGGUGGACGUCGGCCAUGGCAAGGCCAAUGUGACCGCUGUGGUGGAUUCAGUGAUUCAGGAACACGGCCGUGGCCUGGCUCUGCAGGGUUGCGGAGGCGAAACUCUGACGGAUCGAUUGGAGGAAUUACUUCAGGGCCAAGGAUUUACGCGAGAAAUGUGUGAGCAGUUGAAGCGCAGCAAUAUCGCCGAGAUUCUUCCCCAGGGGACUCCAUUACCCAGUUCAAAGGGAGACAGCAAGCAGGAACCCAAAAACCCUGCUGUCGCCGCGUCGACGGGACUACCAGAAGGGAAUAACGCAUCAAAGGUUCCUCGCGGACCGGGACGUGGCACUCAAACCGAAACCACUGAAGGCGCUGUUGGUACUAAUGGCGAAGAAGAGGAGGGUAUUCUCGACGUCGCUGCAAUCGUCACCAGCGGCAACACGAACGAGUUCCUGGCCAAGCGCGAAAAGGAAAAAGCAGAAAAGGCAGCUAAAAAGGCUUACGAAGCCGCCAAUAAGCCGAUCCGACUGCCGAAUGCCAAGCGCGACAAGGCAGGCUUCCAGUUUGAAGAAUUCGUCCGCAUCGAUAAUUCCGCUCAGUACAUGCGCCAGCGGCGAGAGAUUGAAGUUGGUCUUGAGCGGUUUCUGCUUACGACGCCUGGCAAGGAGCGAACAGAGCGCGGCAGCAAUGGUGUUUUGGAGGAUCUAGCGGCUCAGAUUCACCAUACCAUUCUGUCGGUGCCUGAAGCUAACAAGCGAAGCGAACUGUGGGAUAAUUUGAUUGUCAUUGGAAACGGCAGUCGUAUCCGAGGUUUCGUUCCGGCGCUUCUUUCCACCAUCACCCAAAAAUAUAUCAUUUCUCCUUCGACCGGCAUCUUCACCUCGGAACUGCCCUCGAACCUCUCAACACCGCUGGCUACUGGAGGCACCAACACGCCAGCGUACCCUGGCCAGACAACACCAAACCCUCUAAACCACCCGGCUGCUCACGGAGUCAAUCCGCUACUUGUCGCAGCGACUCACGCCAACGCGCCACCGGCGACGCCCAACAUGCAGGAUCCCGCGUACAUGGCGAUACACCGCCCGUCAGGCUAUGCACAGACGCCGACCAGCGUCAGAACAGUAAAACCAGCAGACUACUUCCCGGAAUGGAAAGACCAAGGUGGCAGUAACGCGCCUGGAGCCACGGGGGCCGGCGGCACAGCGACAUCUGCGAAUCCCGCGGCGGGCUCUGUGCGGCCAGGCAUGGAGGAGGCUGUCUUCCUGGGCGCGCAGAUUGCAGCCAAGAUUGUCUUUAUCAAUGACAAUCAGGGCCAGUACAAGGGCUAUCUGCCGCGGUUAGAAUCGUCCACGAUGCCUCGCGCUGAAGCCGGAUCCACAAAGGCCGUGGCCAACAAAAUGAAAGCCCGCGGGCUUACUAGGCUGCGAUGGUACUGCCAGGUCUGCGAAAAAGCCAACCGCGACGAAAACGGAUUCAAAUGCCACGUCCAAAGCGAGUCACACGUGCGUCGCAUGCAGCUCGUUGGCGAAGACUCCAAAAAAGUGAUUGACGACUACUCCAACGAAUUUAUGCGCGAGUUUGUGAAUUUGCUGAAGACAUCGCAUGGAGAGAAGAAAGUUAAUCUUAAUCAUUUCUAUCAAGAAGUGAUUGCGAAUCGGCACCAUAUUCAUAUGAACUCGACCAAGUGGACGAGUUUGACGCAGUUUGCGGGCCAUCUUAGUCGGGAGGGGAUUUGUCGGUUGGAAGAGACGGAAAAGGGGAUUUUCAUUGGCUGGAUCGAUAACAGCCCCGAGACUUUGCGGCGCAGGGAGGCUGUUAUGAAGAAGGAGAGGCAGGACAAAGGCGACGAGGAGAGGGAACAGAAACAGAUCCUGGAGCAGGUCGAGCGAGCGCGCAAGGCUGAGUUGGCCAAGAUAGAGCGGUCGGCACCGACUAAAAGUGAUGAGGAUGACAAGGAGGAGGACGAUGCGACGAACAAGAUGCUUCUUGAACGCAAGGACGGCGACAAGGUCAAGCUUAGCUUUGGCGGAGCUAAACCUGCUGCUGCUGCUGUUCCUACACCAGCAAAAGAGACUACUACUACCUCUUCUGAAUCGCCAUCAGAAGGAGACCCCGCCAAGCCGGUCGAAAAACUGUCCAUGGCGUUUUCGUCGAAACCGAAGAAUGUCUUUGCUGCGAAAAAGGCCAGCAACCCCUUGGCGGCAAACAAGAAAUCCGCAUUUGUGCCGCAGAAGCAAAAAGUGUCGCAGCAGGAAUUGAUUAUGCGUAAAGAGAUGGAGCAGCAGAAGAAGAGGACGGCGUCGGGGAAUGUGUUUGAGGGAGGGAAGAGGAUGAAGAUUUCUUAA